CUGUCCCUUUGAUUUCCCUGCUGCAAUGGUUUUUCACUUUUUCUUCACAGCUGUGGUCUUGUUCUUCCUCUGAUCUUCACCUUUACUUUUGAAGUUCUGUUCUUCUUUCUCCUUGAUUGCUCUGAUCUUUGACCAUCACCAGCAAGGUUGGAUUUACGGAUGGCACCUUCCAAGCUAUAUUUGGAAAAAAGUAAACAAGCGUGCAACGCAAUGAAGCGUUAUGACAUAUCUCCAUCAACAGUAAGAUCUACGUUGAAACACCUCUUGAAGGCUUAUGAAAAGAAUUGGAAGUAUAUCGAGGAAGACGACUAUAAGGUGCUUCUAGAUGCGAUUCUUGAACCCGAGGGACCUAAGGAAAUGGAAAUUGUGGAACAUGGCUUCGUAUUUAUUGAUGAACCGGAAGAAGAAGAAGAAGAAGAGGAGCCGCUAAAAAGAAGACCUCGAUUGAGAAGCGAAACCACAUCUUCAAAUCCUGCAGGAUAUUUACGAGAGAAUCGGGGAAAUUUGUGUUUAGAAUAUAACAAUUCGGAUACCAAGGCGAACAAGAACAAGAACAAGGAUGUACCGCUAUCGCGAUGUUCCUCUGAGGUCGAUAUAGCUUCUUCAUCCAAUGGUGAAGUCAAGUUCACUUUUUCCAUAUGUAAACCUCCUCCUGGAUUCGGUUUUCCAAGUCCUGAUGCGGUUACGAAGCACCUUGAGGAUAUAUAUCAAGAAAAAUUCCAAGCUUUUGCAAUGGGAUUUUCUCUCGCUCAAGUUUUAAAACAAAUAUGCGAAUGUUUUAUCGAACAAGGGAAUGCAUCAGAUCAUGUCGGUAACACGAACCCAUCUUUUAACAACGAACCCGAGAAAGAAGAUGCUCCCACUACUGAUUUCCCAAGAUUUGUGGUAGCAAGUGAAUUCGAAGAUUGUUUUAUCGGAACGUUCAAAAAGCAACAGAUGGUUGGUAUCGAUGAGUUGUCGUGUUCAAGUAUCUUGACUACGAUUCCAAAGGCGCAAGCAACGGUUGGGCUCUGCAGCAAGCACUACUGGGUGGAUGACAUAACUCGCGGUUUGGAAAAACGCGAAAUAUCAUUAGUUAACGAUGUUGAUGAUGAGAAACCACCUAGCUUCACCUACAUUAAGACAAAUGUUAACUACGACACUGCAAAUGUGAAGCCUAUGCUUGCGAGUAUAUCUGAUGAAAAUAGCUGCCCGGGUUGCUUUGGUGAUUGUUUAUUCCGUGAAGUACCGUGUGCUUGUGCUGUAGAAAAAGGAGGCGAGUUUGCAUACACAACUGACGGUUUAGUGGAUGAAAAGUUCCUUGAAAAGCGCAUCGAUAUCACUCUGCGAAAGAGAACGGAAUUCAUAAAGGAAUGCUGGUAUAAGUGCGGGUGUGGUUUGAGCUGCGGAAAUCGUGUUGUUCAGAGAGGCAUUCAAGCAAGAUUGCAGGUAUUUAUGACACGUGAAGGAAAGGGUUGGGGACUGAGGACUCUAGAGGACUUACCUAAGGGGACGUUUGUAUGCGAGUAUGUUGGAGAAAUCGUAACAAAUCGUGAGUUAUUUGAACGGAACGAACUCAACAAGAAUGAAGAACAUAGAAGAUACUCUGUCUUAUUGGAUGCUGAUUGGAGUUCAGAAGGUUUUUUAAAGGAUGAAGAGGCCCUUUGUUUGGACGCCACAUUGUUUGGAAACGUCGCACGCUUCAUUAACCAUAGAUGUGUGGAUGCUAACAUGGUUGAGAUCCCUGUUGAAGUGGAGUCACCAGAUCACCAUUUUUAUCAUCACGCGUUUUUCACUACUAGGGAAGUAAAGGCUAUGGAAGAACUAACUUGGGAUUAUGGUAUUGAUUUUGAUGAUGAUAGUUAUGCAAGGAAGGCAUUCCGGUGUAAAUGUGGAAGUAACUAUUGUAAGGCAGUGAAACGCUAUAAACGAAGUAGGCGUGGCGUGGCCAGUGGCAAAGAAGUUAUUGUAAGGGUGAACUAGUAUUAAUUAGAAGAAUAUAGGUGAACCUUUUCACUAGUAGCUUGAAUGCAAUUUGCAUACUGCUUAGGUUUUCUACUUUUAGCUGAGUUUAAUCUAUCUCUACUUUGAAUAUUAGAGUAAUUAUCUAGUCUGAAUAUUAGGAUAGUUGAGAUUAUCAUCAUCUUGUAAUAUUUAAAGAGUUGAAUGAUAGUUGAUUAAUUAUAUGAAAACCUCUAAUUUUAUUAUUAAAAA